UCUUGUGUAUUCCUGAAAAAAUGACACCACUCCUUUUCUUACUAGAUCAGUUAUGGCUCGGCUUCUCAUGAUCUGAAUGACAAAACCCAGUUCCCUUUUCUCUACUGGAUGGUCCCCAAAGAAGAAACCCAGCACAUGGGGAUUGUCAAGUUGUUGCUACAUUUCGGGUGGACGUGGAUCGGUCUCUUUGUUCCAGACAAUGACAAUGGAGAAAGGUUCCUGAGUGUCUUCACCCUUCUGCUGAUCCGCAGUGGGAUUUGUGUUGCUUUCUUGGAAAAAAUUCAUAUUUUGACCCUGGGACAAAUGUCAUCCUUACAUUGUAAACCAUCUGAUUUGAGACAAGUCAAAGUGUUUGUUUAUUAUGGGGACUCUGAGCAUAGAAUUUAUCCAAUCGUGAUGUUACAAAGACUUCAUGAAGUGAGGAAAUCUCAGGGGAUAGUCUGGAUCACAACAGAUCUUCUGGACAUUGAUGAGAUGUUGUUUGGUGGCACAGAUUACUUCCAGCCUGCCCAAGGUUCUUUGUCCUUUGUAAUGAAUACCAAAAAACGGACAGAGCAGGGCUACUAUACUCGACUUUCAGAUGCAACUGCAUCUGUAUGUUCACAGUUUUGGAAGAAAGCAUUCCAUUGUUCAUGUUCAAACAAAGUACUGUCCGUGGAGGGUUGGACAAGAUGCACAGAAAAGGAACCACUGGAAACUUUGCCCAUGGAGGAGAUGGGGGCAAUCUGGUCUCAAGACCGCUACAGCACUUACUAUGGCGUCCAGUUUGUGACCCAAGCCUUGAAUGUCGCAUAUUCAUCCAGAUCCAAAUGGAGGUUAACGGCGAGUGGAGGAAACAGAUUGGAACUUCAAAGGUUGCAGCCAUGGCAGCUUCAUACUUUCUUGAAAGAAAUUUGGAUUUCCAAUUCAUCCAUAGGAGGGAUGUAUUCUGAUCAGAAUGGGGAGCUGACUGCCAACUUUGAUAUCGUGAACUGGGUCGUAUUUCCCAAUAGAUCUCACAGCAGAAAGAAAGUUGGCAGCAUCGAGGGACAGGCAUCUUCCUACAUAAAAUUCUCCAUUACACCGGAAGGCAUUGUGUGGCCUGGGAACUUCAGCAAGGUCAUUGCAUUCAUUCAUUUAUCUGUUUAUUUGUUGCACUUAUGUCCCACCUUUUCUCUAUGGAGCUUCAUGGCUACCUGGGAAUUUGAACCUUAGUCUCCUGGGUUCUCUCCCAACUCUCUGACCACUAUGGCACAACUGGCUCUGGUUCCCUUGCUGUGACAUCUGUUAAGUUCUGAUAAUAUGCUGAUAGGGGCCAUUUUCAGUUUAACCCUAAGUGGGCCCUGUGCAGAGUGAGACCCACUCCUGGUUGUGUACACAGCUGCUGUUUUCCCUCUCUGUUUUUCCCUUUCUGUUUUGCAUAGCAAAUCAGAUGAAGAAGGGCAAAGAGAGGAGAGGCUGCUCUUACACUUGCAUUUUCAUCUAUCCCUCUGAGUGGAUGAACAAGGACAUCAAUGGGCCAAAAUUGGCAGUGUGGCCCUAGCUGCCAUGUGGGCUUUAUCAGCUGCCCAAUAAUGGUGACUGCUUAUAAAAGCACAACAAUACACACCAUAGUGUAUGGCUGCCAUUCCUCCGGCAUGUCUUGGACACAUCUAGGAAUGGGCUGCAGAAAUGGCACCCAGACACAGCUUUUUGCUGAAACAGCAAAAUGUCCUGGAAAACCCAAACGUAUGGCAAGGAGGGUGAUUUUUUAAAAAAUGAUUGAAAAUUCAAAGAAAAGCCCAAAACAUUUACAAAGGGGAAAAAUAAAGCUCAACAACUUUGUCCAGAAUAUGGCAACCUUUUCCCAGUGACAAAAAGAAAAAUAAAUCUCAAAUGCAGUUUAAAAGGCCAUAGUUUGUGUAAUCCUUUGUGUUCAACAACAUUUGCGUUCAACAAUUAAAAAUGAAACUUUAUCUCAGAAAGAAAAUGAUCUCCACAGUUCUACCAAAUUUGGAAGAGUCUCACUCCCAUUUUAAAGCUUUCUAGCCUGGUCUCAGUAUUCUAAAAAUGAUUUUUAUUUGAGCAUGUUUUUAGCCAGGGCCUUCAGAUGGUGUCUGUAAUUUAUGCUGAUCUCCUUGGGUGCUCCUUUUCCUUGUUUUUAGGUCGU